AGUGAGAGUUAAGCUCGGGUGACGAGCACUGACUCCUCCACGUCGCGACGCCGAUCUGAGGAGAAUCAUAACCGUCACUUUCCUUUCGUUUUUACGGUCAGUUUUGAAUUAAAACUAUCUUAUAAUCAUCAGAAAAGCAUGUAUUUGAUAUCCUCAUGACUGUGAGUCGCGAUAAGAGAUGAAAAAAGCGAGGAAGCGACUGCCGGCGAGCGGAUCGCAAGCGUCUGUCAGGAAACAUGAAGAACAAUUGCCCUGGAAGAAACAGAAGCUCCUGGACAUCCAUCAGGCCUUGAACAGCGACCCCGUGGACAUCGAGACCCUGCGGCGGGCGGCUGUGAGCGAAGGUGGUUUGCUGACGGAUGACAUCAGAAGAAAAGUUUGGCCCAAGCUCCUCAGUAUCAAUGUGUACAAUCUGCCUGCCAAACCCUCCAAAGAUGUCCGAGAAGACCACAAGGACUACAGACAGGUGGUGCUUGAUGUCAGGAGAUCAAUGCGACGUUUCCCGAAAGGCAUGCGUGUGGAUGAGCGAGAGGUUCUCCAGGAGCAGCUGAUCGACAUCAUUCUGGAUGUUUUGAGGAGAAAUCCUCAGCUGCACUAUUAUCAGGGUUAUCAUGACUUCGUGGUGACCUUCCUGCGGGUGGUGGGAGAGAAGAUGACCAUCGCAAUCAUGGAGAAACUGUCCAAUCAUCAUCUCAGGGAUUUCAUGGACCCCACCAUGGACAGCACAAAGCACAUCCUGAACUACCUGAUGCCCAUUCUUGAGCGAGUGGACCGAGAGUUACAUGACUUCAUGAUCAGGUCUGAGGUGGGCACCAUCUUCGCCCUGAGCUGGCUGAUCACAUGGUACGGCUACGUCCUGUCAGAUUUCCGGCAUAUUCUGCGGCUCUAUGAUUUCUUCCUGGCGUCUCACCCACUCAUGGCCAUCUACUUUGCCGCUGUGAUUGUGUUGUACAGACAGAAGGAAGUGAAGAGCAGCGAGUGUGAUAUGGCCAGCGUUCAUCACCUGCUGUCUCAGAUGCCUCAGGAUCUGCCGUACGAGGAGCUGAUUGGUCGAGCUCAGAGUCUGUUCAUGAGCUGCCCGCCCUCUCUGCUUACCCAGUCUGCAGCGCUGCAGCCGCGCAACAUAAUCGCCAUCAGCACCUUCACAGACUUCCAGACGUCCACGCUGAAGCAGCGGCCCGACUCCGUCCUUCGUCAACAGCUUGAAAAGCGGAAUGAAAACCAGCUAGCCCUUCCCAUGAACACCCAGCCAGCAAGCACUAACCACCAACUCAUCAAAAUGGCAGUGUGGGGUCUGUCGGCCACGUUAGGAGCGGCAGCGCUGGCUGUGGCCCAAACCGCCAUGGACUGGGCACCGGAGUUUCUCUCGCAGCUCUUCUGAUACCAAACGCCUUGCUCCCGUGUGCCAAACAGGGUGUAUUACAAUUGCAAAUUUGUGUUAAGUGAUGCAAAACACCUGGAGAGAAUGAAUCUGCUGCUUAUUUAUUUCCGAACUGUGCUUUUUUCCUUAUAUAUAGGUUUUAGCCGUGCUAAUAUUGGCGAAGUAGGAGGAGUCAAACGAGGUUUUUGUAAUCAUAAGCAUUUCUGGAUGUCGUUCCAUCAGCAGAAUGUCAGAGAAAGUGCUCUGCUAGGCCGUUCUCAACAGCACAAAUUAUUAAAAGGUUUUUUUUCUGCUGAAUGCCGUCAGUAGUGAGUGAAGCUCAUUAAGAGGAGAAAACGGGUGAAGGCUGAAAGACCACAGAGACUCGCUGGUGAACGCAGCACUUUACAACAACACAGUUUAUUCUAGAGCCAGAUCAACCUACACACACGCUUUCAGGAUCCACGGCUCGCUUUCAGGUCCUUCAGAAAUGAACCAGUGUCCUCUGUGCACAGAUUAUAGUCCAUGCAUUUCUCAUUCCACUCGCUACACUACAAAAAAAAAAAGAAAAUGGUGUAAGAAUUUACUUUGAAACUAUUUUCACUGAGAAACUUACAAAGAAACACCAAGUAUCAUUAAACAUUAUCGUGAAGCAGAAAAACAUACUCUAAUAAUCUUGUUUUAUUUACAAUAAAUGUUUUACUUACAGUAGUACCCUGUUAAGUGAAACAUUUAGGACUGUUUAAGACAAGUCACUUUUAUUUAUACACACACACACACACACACACACACAGAUUACUUAAAAAUAGUUUGUUACUAAUGACUUUUUAGUCAUAAUUUUCUGUCAUUGUGUGAACAAUAUGUAGUCCAUAUGAAAAUUAACUGUAAUCUGAUUAUAAGCAUUUUAAAAUAUAAUAUACUCUAAUUAUGAGUACCUAAUUUUUGGAAUCUGAUAAUCAUGCAAUCAGUUACUAUAUAUAAAUAUAUAAAUUGACCCUAAUUUUAUAUUUUAGUUUUAGUAAUUUUAGACCUAUUAGCAAAAACUCUUUUUAAAAAUGUAAAGUUCUACUGAUCGAUUUGACCAUUUUUUUGUUUUUUUCACUUAAAAAAAGUUUCUAGGAUUUGAAACGGACUUCACUCAGAAAAAUUGCUAGUAAAUUUCACAAAUAAUUACAAAGAAAUGGCAAGUAACUCAGAAUUAAACAUGAAAUUAUAAAGAAAGGCUGAAAUAUUUUCUAGUAAAACAUUCUCUAAAAAUCUCCUUUAUAACUUUGAAAAAUAUUUUUUAUGGUGCAUUUGUGCUUUUAAAAACCCCACAAUCUUUUUUUCUUUUUUUGCCUCUUUUACGCUGUUUUACAAAAAUUCAAAGUUGUAAAUAAAAUUAAGAUUAUUUGAGUGUUUUCCAAGAAAAUAUUUCAGUUUUUCUACUUCAAAGUUUCAUGUGUGAAAAAAAAAAAUUCAGUGUGUUGCUUGCAAUUUCUUAGUAAUUUGUGAAAUUUACUAGCAAUUUCUGAGUGAAAACUAUUUCUACACCAAAUGUCAGUGUAUAACAUUCAGGGUACAAAUUCUGUCCCGUAAUUAAGACGUGAACCCUCCGAAUGUUGACGAUUGACUUCUGACAAGGCCAUGUUCAAUUUGACACCAAUAAAAAAAGUACAGUCCAUUAAAAACUGUAGAAAACAGACUAGUUUGAUUCAUAAUGCAAUAUUCACAGGUUCAGUCCUCGUUCCUGAACACUUCAGCUCUACGCUUUCUUAAAAAGUCAGCUCAUAUCCUCACAGGCUGUGAAGUCUUCUAAAAAGAGCAGUGCAUAUCUAUCACAGUCUUGCGUUUACAGGCAGGCAGGAGCGAGUCGAUCGGAGCCCGACUGACUGCAGGAAGUGAUGUGAGAGCUUCCACAGCUGGCUGCCUCUAUUUGUGCCUUGGGUGUUGAUGAGCGGCUGUUACCAGACGGUGCCCUCAGCCGAAAAUCACCACUGCCAAAAAAGGAAGACAUAAUGUGUUUGUGUGAAGUAAGUCUUCAUCCCGGCAACUUUAAUGUGUUUUUAAUGCUAUUCAGAGAUUCUCGGAGCGUUUUUUUUUUUCCGAGUGGCUCAUGAACUUUCUUGUAUUUUGGAAGUUAGGUGUAUCAGAGUCAAAAUUAGCCAGACCGGCUUUGUUAAUGGGAAUUUAAUUCAAACCAAAGUGCUAUUUGUCAGGUUCGUGUUGUUAUUUUAGACAAAUGAAUGUAAUAAGAUGUUUAGAAGGAAGUUGACUUUAUUCGGCUGGCCGUGGAAAACUCAAUCACAAGUAUCAUAAAUACAGAUUACGUAGUUUAAAUAUGACUAGAAAUGGUAUACUGAAAAUAAUUCGUAUAAAAUGAGUACAAAUGCAUAAAAUUAUGUAUGUGAGUGUAUGUAUAGAUAUGCACUUACCCUACCAUUCAAAUAUUUGGGGUCUGUAAAGAUUUUUAUUUUAUUUUUUUCUCUUGUGCUCACAUUUAUUUCAUCUAAAAGUAAAAUUAAAUAUUAAAAUUGUGAAAUAUUAUUGCAAUUUAAAAUAGCUGUUUUCUAUGUGAAUAUAUGUUAAAACAUUUUUUUUUUCUGUGAUCAAAGCUGAAUUUUCAGCAUCAUUGCUCCAGUCUUCAGUGUCACAGAAAUCAUUGUAAUAUGCUGAUUUGCUGCUCAAGAAACAUUUCUGAUUAUUAUCAGUGUUGUGCUGCUGAAUAUUUUUGUGGAAACACUGAUGUAUUUUAUUUUUCAUGAUUCUUUGAUGAACAAAGUUCAAAGGAACAGCAUUUAUUUGAAAUGGAAACCUUUGUAACAUUAUCAAUGUAUUCGCUGUCACGUUUGAUCAAUUUAAUGCAUCCUUGCUGAAUAAAAGUAUUAAUUUGUUCAUUACAAAAAAGUACUGACUCCAACCUUUUGAACAGUAGAGUAUGUAUGCUAAAAAUGAUUUGCACACUGUAAAAAGUGAUAAGUUGACUUAACUUAAAAAAAUUAAGUUAAUUGAAUUGUCAAGUUCACUUAACUUUUUUUUUUAUUUAUUAUUAUUAUGUACUUACUAAUUGUAAGGCAACGGGUUUCCUCAAUUUUUUAAGUUAAGUCAAUUUAUCACUUUUUGCAGUGCAACAAUUGUUUUUAAUCAUUUGUGUUUCGAUGGUUGACAUCAAGGCAGCUCGUAGUUUUGGAGCAGAUCUUUUGUCUUCACGUCUAAACGGCGUACAGUGCUGUAUGUGUGAGGACAGAAGGCUGCUGGCUUCAUUGAACAUUGUUGGCAGAUGAUCCAGCAGCUUUUGCUGUGAGAAAGAGACUUGACAGGAAAGUGAUUUGGCUCUCCGGCCAAGUUUAAACAAGGUCUAGUUGGCACCUGGACGCAGUGCUGUUUGAUUGGAACAGAGAGUGCUGUGUGUGGACAUCUACUUCUGAAGAAACACUUGAACUUUUUAAAAGCAGGUCUGUUGGACAGUUCAACGGCGAUUUGUAAUGUGUUAGUUGCUGUUCACGUGCAUAUUUUACAAUCAAACGCUAUGUUUUAGCUCCUUAUUUGGAGUGAUUUUUGGGUCAUCAAAAGUGCGCACACAAAUAAAAGCUUUGCGAAAG